AACCAUUCUUCUCGUUCUUCCCAAUACAAAUACACAUGCAAGACCGGCAUGUUUAUAUAUUGACAGUUCAUAUUGAAACUUUUAUUGAAAGCUCCAAUAAACAAUAUACUAGUUUUUUAAUCAUAAUUUCAAUUUUCCUCUAAAAUGAGUAAUAAAGGAGAUAAAGACCCUGUACAGGAAGAAAUGUCCGGGAGAGUGCAGGAAGUGGGAAAUCAAGCAAUUUGGAGUUUAUCGAGUUGUAAACCAGGUUUUGGUGUUGAUCAACUUCGUGAUGAUAUAACGGAAACUUAUUGGCAAUCAGAUGGACAAUUACCACACCUUGUGAAUAUUCAAUUUCGCAGAAAAACUACAAUUCGCGACAUUUGUAUUUAUACAGAUUAUAAAUUAGAUGAAAGUUAUACUCCUAGUCGUAUUAGUAUAAGAGCCGGAACAAAUUUCAAUGAUUUGCAAGAAGUGGAAAUCAUGGAUCUUAAUGAGCCGAAUGGAUGGAUUGUAAUACCAGUUAAAGAUUUAAACGAACGUCCAAUUCGUACAUUUAUGCUUCAAAUAGCUGUUAUCAGUAAUCAUCAAAAUGGUAGAGAUACUCAUAUGCGGCAAAUUAAAGUACACAGUCCAGCAAUUGAUAUUGUCGGCCCACCUGCUUCUUAUGUACCAGGACAGUUUCUCACUAAUGAAUUUCAACAGUAUACGGCUAUCAGAUAAAAUUUUAGUAUUCUUAACAAAAUUGUAUUUAUAUUUCAAAUUAAAUAUAUUCUAUGAUAUUGUUUUUUUA